AUGGAGCAUGGUGGAGUACUACUCACGGGACUGUUCUUGUUGUGGCAUGUCUUGGCUAGUCAGAUUAAUGGGUUAGCUGUUGAGGAACAAGGAUUGUGCUCUUCUGCUUUUCACUAUAAAGAUGCCCUUGGCAAAGCUAUCUUAUUCUUUGAAGGGCAACGCUCAGGAAACUUGCCAGCAAGCCAGAGAGCAAAGUGGAGGGGAGACUCUGCAGUCUCUGAUGGCAACCCUGAUCAUGUGAAUUUGAUCGGAGGAUACUAUGAUGCAGCUGACAACGUCAAAUUUGGAUGGCCAAUGGCAUUUACUGUCAGCUUGUUGAGCUGGGCAGCAAUUGAGUACAAGAAUGAGAUAUCUUCUGUCAACCAACUUUGCCACCUCCACACUGCAAUCCGCUGGGGCACUAACUUUAUAUUGAGAUCUCACACUUCUCCCACCACUCUUUAUACUCAGGUGGGAGAUGGUAAUUCGGAUCACCAGUGUUGGGAGCGUCCCGAAGACAUGGACACCCCACGAAAUCUCUACAAGAUCACUUCCAACUCUCCAGGCACUGAGGCAGCUGCUGAGGCUGCCGCUGCUCUUUCUGCAGCCUCAAUCGUCUUCGAAGGGGUUGAUGGAAAUUAUUCAAGGAGGCUACUAAGCCAUUCCCGAUCACUGUUUGAAUUUGCGGACAAGUAUAGAGGAUCUUACCAGGCUUCUUGCCCU